CUUCUUGGACAUCUGCUGGCGGAGCCUCCAGUAUCCCGACAGAGGAGAGAGGGGUCCAACCGCAGCUCCUGACAUUUCUCUCUUGCUUUCCAGAGAGGGAGGCUUCAAGCAGGCUGCUCUGAAUUAGGUCCGUCAAUUUUUGGGGGGUGGAUUAAUUGACUGAUUGAUGUGCUGCUGACCCUUCAGGGUGAAACAUGAAGUUAAGGCUUUCACUGGCCACGGCUGCCUUCCUCGCAGCCCUGUUGUCCUCCAUAGAUGCCCAAGUGGAACCACCCUCAGACUUGAAAUUUAAAAUUCUAAAUGAGAACACAGUGGAGAUGUCAUGGGUAAGACCCUCAGCAAGGAUAGAGGGCUUCAGAAUACAAAUUGUAUCAGAUGCAGAUGAACCGGCCAGAGAUUUCACCCUAAAUGCAGCUACCACCACAACCUCACUCACUAAUCUGACACCUGACUUGGACUAUUCAGUGUCAAUAAACUCCUACCUUGGUACAGACGAGAGCAUCCCCAUAUUUGGACAAGUGACCAUCCAGUCCAGUAACACCACUGGAAGAGUCAGGAGGCCACAGUCAGAUGCAAUCAAGUGCUCUGUCAGUGCAAUAGCAGAUUUGGUUUUUCUGGUGGAUGGCUCAUGGAGCGUGGGUAGAGGAAACUUUCAGCACAUCCGUAGUUUCAUUGCUGCCCUAGCGGGGGCCUUUGAUAUUGGCGAGGACAAAACCCGAGUGGCUGUGGUUCAGUAUAGCUCAGACGCCCGCACAGAAUUCCCCCUCACCAGUUACACCAGAAGAGGGGACUUGUUGCAAGCCAUCAACACCCUACCAUACAAAGGAGGGAAUACUAUGACUGGCGAUGCCAUGGAUUACCUUCUAAAAAACAUCUUUACUGAAGCAGCUGGAUCAAGGAAAGGUUUUCCAAAGGUACUCAUGAUCAUCACUGAUGGAAAAUCCCAAGACGCAGUGAAGGAGUAUGCUGAAAGACUUAGGAACAUUGGAGUGGAAAUAUUUGUCCUAGGUAUCAGCAACGCAGAUGAGGAUGAGCUCAGGGAAAUAGCCUCCACUCCUCACAGCAAACAUGUGUACAAUGUGCCCGGCUUCGACUCUAUCCAAGAGGUACAGAAAAAGAUCAUCACAGAAGUAUGUUCUGGUGUUGAAGAGCAGCUCACCAGUUUGGUCAGCGGGGAAGAACUGGUGGAGCCUGCUUCAAAUCUGCAAGUAACAGAAAUUGCAUCUAAGUCGAUGAGGGUGACAUGGGACCCGUCUCUGGGUGAAAUCACAGGCUACAAGCUCACACUUACUCCCAUGAUACCUGGAAUGAAGCAUCAAGAGCUGUACAUUGGACCCACACAGACAUCAAUCAAUGUACGUGACCUUUCUCCUGAGACUGAGUAUGAGAUCAGCUUAUACGCUCUCAAAGGUCUGACUCCGAGUGAGCCCGUCUUGGAUCUGGCAAAGACUCAGCCUGUCAAGGUGUCAACAGAGUGCUCACUGGGAGUGGAUGUGCAGGCUGAUGUGGUCCUAUUGGUUGAUGGCUCAUACAGUAUUGGAUUACAAAAUUUUGCCAAAGUCCGUGCCUUCCUGGAGGUUCUGGUCAAUUCCUUCGACAUCGGAGCCAACAAAAUCCAGAUUAGUUUGGUCCAGUACAGUCGUGAUCCACACACUGAGUUUGCCCUCAACACCCACCAUGACAUUAAUGCUGUUGUCAAGGCUGUACGUACCUUCCCUUAUCGUGGUGGUUCCACUAAUACAGGAAAGGCUAUGACCUAUGUCAGGGAGAAGAUCUUCAUCCCGGCUCGAGGAGCCAGAGAUAAUGUCCCCCGCGUCAUGGUCCUGAUCACAGACGGAAAGUCUUCUGACUCUUUCAAGGACGCUGCCACCAAGUUGAGGAAUAUUGAUGUGGAGAUCUUUGCUGUUGGUGUAAAGGAUGCAGUGAGAUCGGAGCUGGAGGCUAUUGCUAAUCCACCAGCAGACACUCACGUCUAUGAGGUAGAGGACUUUGAUGCCUUUCAGAGGAUUUCCAAGGAGCUGACUCAGUCUAUCUGUCUGAGGAUUGAACAGGAGCUGCUCAAAAUCAAAAAGAGAAAUUUGCUUCCACCCAGCAAUUUGCAGUUCUCUGAGAUCACCUCCCGAAGCUUCCGUGCCACUUGGACAGCUCCUACUGCCAGUGUCAUGUCUUACCUGGUGCGUUUCCGCAAGGCCGAAGACAUCACUGGAGACUACAUCUCCCUGGCAGUUCCCGGUGAUACCACCACCGCCGUGCUUCCCCACCUUUUCCCAGUCACUGCCUACGAAGUCAACGUCUAUGCUCAGUAUGAAAAGGGGGACAGUUUUCCUUUGACUGGUGAAGAAACCACACUUGAGGAGCAAGGAACUGUACGAAAUCUAAGAGUCACAGAGGAGACAACAAACAGUUUUAGGGUUUCGUGGGAAGCUGCUCCAGGUUCGGUGAUCAGGUAUCGCCUGUCCUAUGUUCCACUAAGUGGCACAGGAGAAAUACUGGAGGCCCAAACCAUUGGACCAGAGACUACCAUAGUUCUCCAGGAACUGUUUCCCAUCACUACCUACCGUGUGUCUGUGUCUGCUGAGUAUUCAACUGGCACAGGAGACGAGAUGCUGGUGGAUGGUACCACCAAGGAAGUACGUGGCGCUCCUCGUGACCUUCGUGUGUUUGAUGAGACCAUUUCUACUAUGAAACUGGCAUGGAAAGCCGCUCCAGGAAAUGUCGUCCAGUACCGCAUUGCCUUUAAACCUGCUGAGGGAGGAGAAAGAAAGGAGAUAUCCGUCAAGGGAGAUACUACCCAGGCUUUGCUGAAGAACCUCAAACCAGCCACUGAAUAUGAGCUGUUUGUUACUGCACGCUAUUCCUCUGGUUUGGGAGAUCCUCUUCUGGGUACAGGAACUACAUUAGAAGAGCUUGGCUCACCCAGAGACUUGGUGACCAAAGAUGUCACAGACACCAGUUUUGCUGUAUCUUGGACUGCGGCCCCAGGCAACGUUCGCCAGUAUCGGAUCAAGUGGAAUUCUCUGUUCACUGAGGAGGCUGGAGAAAAGACAAUCCCAGGGGACACUACUGCCACUGUUCUUGAGGGUCUCACCCCAGAAACACUUUAUAAAGUAUCUGUAUUUGCUGGUUAUGGCCAUGGAGAGGGCCAGCCAUUGACUGGAGAGGAAAUGACAGAUGUGUCAGCUGCUGGCAAAACAAUUGUUGUUUCGGAUGAGACAGAGAAGAGCAUGAAGGUGACAUGGCAACCAGCACCUGGAAAUGUAGUAAACUACCGCGUGACUUAUAAGCCGCAGUCAGGAGGGCGGCUGCUAGCAACCAAAGUACGAGGUGGCACCACUGUCACUAUUCUGAAACAGCUUACUCCACUUACUACCUACGACAUCACUGUUGUACCAGUUUACCGUUCCAGAGAAGGCAAAGCAAGGCAAGGAGUAGGAACAACACUGUCACCUUACAAAGCUCCAAGAAAUCUCCAGACUUCGGAGCCUACAAAGACCAGUUUCAGAGUAACCUGGGACCAUGCUCCAGGUGAUGUUAGGGGCUAUAAAGUCACUUUCCACCCAGUUGAGGAUGAUAUUGACCAGAAACAACUUCUGGUCAGUCCCUAUGACAAUACUGUAGUUCUGGAGGAACUCAGAGCUAGUACCAAAUACAUAGUGAGCGUAUUUGGUAUGUUUGAGGGAGGCGAGAGUAUGCCAUUGGCUGGAGAGGAGCACACCACAAACUCCGAUGAGCCUGACCCUCCACCUUUUGAGCUACCAAACACAAUAUGUAAAACCACUGCAAAAGCUGACAUUGUGCUCCUGGUGGAUGGCUCCUGGAGUAUUGGACGUCUUAACUUCAAGACUAUUCGGGCCUUUAUUGCCCGUAUGGUAGGAGUCUUUGACAUUGGCCCUGAUCGAGUCCAAAUAGGACUUGCUCAGUACAGUGGAGACCCAAAGACUGAAUGGCAUUUGAAUGCUCAUCAAACUCGGGAAUCACUGCUGGAUGCUGUGGCUAAACUGCCAUACAAAGGAGGAAACACCAUGACGGGUCUGGCUUUAAACUACAUCCUCCAGAACAAUUUCCAAGAGAACGUUGGGAUGAGACCCGGCGCUCGUAAGAUUGGUGUCUUGGUCACUGACGGUAAAUCACAAGAUGAUGUCAUCCCCAACUCUCAGAACUUGCGUGAUCAGGGCAUUGAGCUCUACGCCAUUGGUGUGAAGAACGCAGAUGAGAAUGAGCUGAAGUCCAUUGCCAGUGAUCCAGAUGACAUUCACAUGUACAAUGUGGCUGAUUUCUCCUUCUUGUUGGAAAUUGUGGACAGUCUUACAGACAACUUGUGUAACAGUGUCAAGGGACCAGGAGGUGCUCCAGGUUCACCCACUGAUCUCGUGACAUCCGAGGUAACCCACCAGUCCUUCAGAGCCACCUGGACUGCUCCUGAUGAGCCAGUGGAAAAGUACCGUGUGGAGUAUAUGACUGUGUCUGGACGCCCACAGCAGGUGUUUGUAGAUGGUACUGUGACCACAGUGGUUCUCCAGGGCCUCAACCCUCUGACACAGUACCUGGUCAAUGUCUACUCUGUGGUGGGAGAGGCGAGCAGUGAGCCCCUAAAAGGAACUGAGACUACAUUGCCCCUGAGUGCCGUGAAGGCAAUGACCAUUUAUGAUGAACAGAUGACAACCAUGCGAGUGAGGUGGGAGAAGGCAGCGGGAGCCACUGGGUACAUGUUGCUCUACAGCGCCAUCAAUGCCACCCAGCCCUCCACUGAGGAGGAGAUAAGAGUAGGAGCAGAAACAACUGAUGUCCAGCUGGUGAAGUUAUUCCCCAAUACAGCUUACUCACUGUCCCUUUUUGCCCUCCAUGGAGAAUCAGCCAGCGAACCACUAACCAAGCAGGGAGUCACCUUGCCCAUGCCACCAGCGGGUGAACUGAGGAUUCGUGAUGUUACCCACAGCACCAUGGUGCUUUAUUGGGAUGCUGCUCCUGGUGCUGUUCGCAAGUACCUCAUCACUUACCAGCCUGAGGAUGGCGAUCCUAAAGAGCUGGAAGUGGGAGGAAGUGUGACCACCAAACAACUGGACAACCUGAUCUCGCAGACUGAGUAUGAUUUAGCUGUUACACCUAUCUACGAUGCAGGACCUGCACAGCCAAUGUUGGGAAGUGCAAUCACAGAUGUGGUUCCAGCCCCGAAGAACCUGCAAUUCUCUGAGGUUACCCAGACCAGCUUCAGGGCCACUUGGGAACACGGGGCCCCUGAUGUGGCUCUGUACCGUAUCGGCUGGACCAAGAAGGGAGAAUUCAACUUCCAAUAUGCCAUUUUGAACAGCGAUGAGACAACCCACGUCCUGGUGGACUUGGAGCCAGACACACCCUAUGAUGUGUCUGUAACUGCAAUCUACCCAGAUGAAUCAGAGAGUGAAGAUCUGCUGGGCACAGAGAGGACAUUGGCCAAGCAAGAUGGUAGACCGACACCCAAUGCACCACCCACCAACCUGGUUGUGUUCAACGAAACCAUCACCUCUCUGAAUGCUCGGUGGACUCCACCUCCAGGCAAAGUCCAGAACUAUAGGAUCACUUAUGUCCCCACAUCUGGAGGCAGGAGUCAGACUACUCAGGUUGGAGGAAAGAAAAAUUCUGUUCUGCUGCCCAAGCUGACCCCUGAUACUGAAUACUCUAUCAGCGUGGUGGCAGUUUAUGCCGGUGGAGUCAGCAGAGAUCUGAACGGCCUUGGAAAGACCAAGCCUUUGGGUGGUGUUAGGAACUUGCUUGUAACUGACCCCACCACCAGCACUCUGAAUGUCCAGUGGGAACCUGCUGAGGGUAAUCCGCGCCAGUAUAAGAUCUUCUAUGUCCCUGCAGCUGGAGGAACUGAAGACAUGGUGCAAGUACCAGGAAUCUCCUACAGCACUGUGCUGAAGAACCUGCAGUCUGAUACUGUCUACACUGUAAGUGUGGUUCCUGUAUAUUCUGCUGGAGAGGGACAGCGCAUGUCAGAGAACGGCAAAACAUUGGAGCGCAGUGCUGUCAAAAACAUCCAGGUCUACAACCCCACUACCAACUCUUUGAACGUUCGCUGGGAGGCAGCUACAGGCCCAGUCCAGCAGUAUCGGGUUGUCUAUUCACCUUUGACUGGUGCCAGGCCUUCUGAAUCAGUUUUGGUACCAGGCACCACCACCACAGCUCUGCUCACACAGCUGCUCCCAGACACUGAUUACAAUGUUGGAGUUGUUGCACUUUACAGCGACGGUGAAGGGCCCGCUCUCAGUGAUAAUGGAAAGACGUUGCCCCGCAGUGGCCCAAGGAACAUGCGUGUAUAUGACCCCACCACCACCACUCUCUCUGUUAGCUGGGAACAUGCAGAAGGCCCUGUGAUGCAGUAUCGCAUCACAUAUGCCCAGACUACAGGAGACCCUAUUGAAGAAUAUACUACUGUACCAGGGAACAGAAACAAUGUGAUCCUGCAGAACCUGGAUCCAGACACACCCUAUAACAUCAAAGUGACUGCCAUCUAUGCUGAUGGACCAGGAGGAGAGCUGAAGGGAGAUGGACGCACAGUGGGAAUGCUCGGCCCCAGAAACCUUCGUGUUUCUGAUGAGUGGUACACCCGUUUCAGGGUGUCUUGGGACCCCGCCCCCUCCAGGGUCAACGGAUACAAGUUGAUCUACCAGCCUGAGGGCUCUGAUGACUCCUUGGAGGUGUUUGCUGGAGACGUGACCUCCUACCAACUGCAUAACCUAAAACCUGGAACGACCUAUGACCUGAAGGUGCUGGCACAGUAUAACACAGGCCUGAGUGCACCCUUGAUUGGUCAAGGGACCACGUUGUACCUAAAUGUGACAGACCUGUCCACCUACAAUGUUGGCUAUGACUCUUUCUGCAUCCGCUGGGCCCCUCACAGAGCUGCCACCUCCUACAGACUCAAAGUCAAUCCUUUUGACCCCUCUAAGAGUGGAGCUCAGGAAAUCACCGUCAGAGGCUCAGAGAGUACUUACUGCUUUGAUGGCUUGACCCCUGACACGCUUUACAAUGCCACUGUGUACACCCAAACUCCCAACCUUGAGGGACCCGGAGUCAGCGUCAAGGAGAGAACAUUGGUCAAGCCCACAGAGGUGCCGACUGAGCCACCCACCCCUCCUCCUCCAGCUGUAGUUCCUCCAGCACUGGAUGUGUGCAAAGGUGCCAAGGCAGAUGUGGUCUUCCUCAUUGAUGGCUCCUGGAGUAUUGGAGAUGACAGCUUCAUCAAAGUCAUCCAGUUUGUUACAAGCAUGACUGCAGCAUUUGAUAUCAUCAGCCCUAGUGGCAUGCAGGUGUCAUUUGUGCAAUACAGUGAUGAUGCCAAGACUGAAUUCAAACUGAACACCUACCACGAUAAAGGCAUUGUGUUAUCAGCUUUGCAGACUGUCCGCUACAGAGGAGGCAACACCAAGACGGGCAUUGCUCUGAAGCAUGUCUAUGAGAAGGUAUUCAUAUCAGACAGCGGCAUGAGGAGGACCGUCCCUAAGGUGCUGGUUGUUGUCACAGAUGGCCGUUCCCAGGAUGAUGUCAAGAAGGAUGCAGAAAAACUCCAGCACUCUGGCUAUAGCGUGUUUGUGGUUGGAGUGGCUGAUGUGGAUAUGAGAGAGUUGACAGUUAUCGGCAGCAAGCCCAGUGAAAGACAUGUUUUUAUCGUGGACAGCUAUGACUCUUUUGCCAAAAUCCAGGACAACCUGAUCACCUUCAUCUGCGAAACAGCCACAUCAACCUGCCCUCUGAUCUACAUUGAUGGGUUCACCACACCUGGCUUUAGGAUGCUGGAAGCUUUCAACAUCACAGACCGAACAUUUGCUGGCAUGAAUGGUGUGUCCAUGGAGCCCGGUUCUUUUAACAGCUACAUUGCCUACAGACUGCACAAAAAUUCCUUCCUGAACCAGCCAACAAAAGAGAUCCACCCAGAUGGUCUUCCCCCAUCUUACACCAUCAUCCUGCUCUUCCGACUCCUGCCUGAUACAGGCUCUGAAGCUUUUGAUAUCUGGCAGAUUUCUGACAAAAAUGACAACCCUGAGGUUGGGCUCACUAUGAAUCCUUCCAGCAAAACGCUCACAUUCUACAACAAGGACACCCGAGGAGAAAUCCAGAAAGCCGUGUUUAAUGAGGAGCAAGUGAAGCGGGUUUUCCAUGGAAGCUUCCACAAGCUGCACAUUUCAGUCUCUCCAGAGAGAGUCAAGGUCAACGUGGACUGCCAAGACGUGGCAGAGAAACCCAUCAAGGAGGCCAAUAACAUCACGCUGGAAGGCUACGAAGUGCUGGGCAAGAUGGUCAAGACAGGAGGUGGAAAGCGGCAGUCUGCUACAUUCCAGCUCCAGAUGUUUGAUAUUGUCUGCAGCUUGAGCUGGAUCAGCCGAGACAAAUGCUGCGACCUUCCUGCAACAAGAGAUGAGGCCAAGUGUCCAUCCCUUCCCCACUCCUGCACAUGCACACAGGACAGCAUCGGCCCCCAGGGUCCUCCUGGACCUUUGGGCAGCCCAGGUACUAAAGGACCUCGAGGAGACAGGGGAGAGCCUGGUGUUGCUGGUUCAAUGGGUCCACGCGGUGAGUCAGGACUCCCAGGUGCAAUGGGACCACCAGGUCCACAAGGCCCUAAUGGACUGUCUCUGCCUGGAGAACCUGGUCGACCAGGACCAAAGGGAGAUCGCGGAGACCCAGGCCUGACUGGCCUGCAAGGUCCUCCAGGGCCGCGUGGUCCUCUGGGCCCAGUUGGACCAAGCGGAGCACGGGGGCCACCAGGAAAAGAGGGAUCCUCUGGACCUAGAGGCCCACAAGGGCCCAUGGGAAACCCAGGAAAUCCAGGUGUACCCGGAAUCACUGGAAAACCUGGAAAACCAGGAGACCCAGGAAACCCAGGACCUGUUGGCCUUAAAGGAGAGAAAGGAGAGAGGGGAGACUUUGCAUCCCAGAACAUGAUGCGCUCCAUUGCCAGACAAGUCUGCGAACAGCUUGUGAACAGCCAGAUGAGCAGAAUCGAUGCACUGCUCAACCAGAUUCCUUCAGGAUAUCGUAGCAACACUCCAGGACCAGCCGGUCCUCCAGGUCCCCCUGGCAACCAGGGAACUCGCGGAGAGCCUGGACAAACUGGCAGACCUGGUUUCCCAGGAAAUCCAGGGUUACCCGGAAACCCAGGAGAAAGAGGUUUGCCAGGAGAGAAGGGAGACAGAGGAUCUCCAGGUACUGGUAUCAGAGGACAAAGAGGCCCAGGUGGACCACCAGGGCCACCAGGAGAGUCAAGAACAGGUCCCCCAGGUCCUUCUGGCUCCUCUGGGCCUCGUGGCCCUUCAGGUCGUCAAGGUACACCAGGAGUGAGAGGACCACCAGGACCCCCUGGUUAUUGCGACUCCUCUCAGUGUGUUGGCAUUCCUUACAAUGGCCAAGGAUACGCAGGUUUGGCAUAGUAAACCCUUUAAGUCAGCUGUGCCGCUCUCACUCUGAAGUCCUGUUUCUGAAAUGUUGGCCCAUUUGCUUUUGGGGCUUGUAAGGAUAAUCACCUCGGACAUAAUUACUGAACAUUAAAACAAACAUUGCAAAAGCCAAAAAACAGAACGGAGCGGACUGGCACUAACAUCAUCUCACAGCUACAAGCUACAGUGAUGGCAACCUGCUGGCCUGUUUGCAUCUUGAACCACAAACCGUUGGGAAAUAACAAUGAUAGGGAAAUUUAAAAUGAAAAAAAACAGAGACUGAGCAUUUCUACGAAGGAAGCAGCAGCAUGUACAAACACAAGCCAACACAACUACUAACAAAGAGGAUAUCAUAAUGGUAAUGUUGAGAGGAUUUGUGUAAAUACAUUUUUUUUUUUUUUUUUUUUUUGCUUUGUAAAUGAUUGUAUGACCCAGGACACUUCACUAAAAAUCAUGUUAACAUCUUUAUUGAGCUUGUGCCUCAUAACCCACCGCUUACUUACCAUCAGCAUAACCUCUGUUUAGGAUGCCUAAAUGACUUAUACAGCUCUGGUCCAGACUAAAGCAUGUUUCAUUUGUUCUUUUAAUUAUCAUGGACUUUGUGUACAUUGGCCACAUCAGGGCUAAAUUUUUUCUCUCUUGCCAUUUCUGUGUUUUUUGUAAUAGCAGCUGGUCAUUUUACUAUAGUUUAUUAUCAAAUAUUUUGAUGGGUUUUAUUGUAAAUGUUAUCACAUCAUUUCAAACAGUUUUAUAUGGAUUUUUUGUGCUUAAAGGUGGCAAUAAUUUUGACAUUGGGCUUUUUUAAAAAGAAGUCCAUGUUGUAAUAGAUAUAAGUUGUGCAUGUGAAAAGCUGUAGAAACAACCUGUUUUUUUUAUUUUUAAAUUUUUGAUUACAUAUAAGUCAUUUGGCCAAAUAUUUUUCUAGCCCCCCGCUACCAGCCUGAACCUGAGGUAGUGUCUAUACCUGUGGAGCCACCUGAGGAGUUUGAAACAAUACAAUCACCUGGUUACUUGAGAAACCAGCGAAGAAAGAGAUCACUACCACAAGACAAUACAGGAAGACUAG